AGAAUAUAUCAUUGCAACUUAAUAGGUUUCAAUUAUAUAUUGCCUUUAUCUCCGCAGAAUAAAUUAUACCGAAAAUGCUUUUAGGAAAGAGAGCUGCAAUUCAUCCAUCAAAGUAUUUAAAUCAUAAAACAUGGAGAAUGACUCCAUCGUUUAUUAGAGCUAGACAACCAUAUUUUUGGAAGAAUUUUGCUACUUUUUUUAUUUUGGCAGCUAUUCCCACUUCUGCUUACUUUUACACCUAUAAAUUUUUGGGUAAAGAUGAUUUGGCUGAUAUCGAGAUACCUCCAAUUAGUGAGGAAGAUUUGAAGAAAUUGAAAGCCGAAUAUGAAGCUGAAAAGAAGCUUGAAGGAAAAUAGAUUAACAGUAUCUUUGAAAUUGAAAUUGAUAAUAAAGGUAUUAAUAUAAAACGAUAUAAUAUGUUUAUUACUUUCAUUAUUUUGAUAUUAUUUUGUAAUUUUCAUGUAAAUAGACAACACAUUGGUUUAUUCACGUUUUAGGUUUAUGUUUUAAUAUAUAUAAUAUUAAUAUUAAUAUUAACUAUAAAAGAAAAUAAAGGCAUUCAAUAACGGCGGGAAACAAAAUGAGAUAAACUGUGUAUAUAAAUUAUAAUAAUACAAUAAAUAAACUGAGAUCAU